AUGACGAUCAACAACUCUGAAAAGGGACAGGCGGAUGCCUUCCGCUCAGGGGAUCUGACACCGAUUACGAUCGCUGGACCCUUAUCAUCGGCGGGACCAUCCACGGGGACAACCACUCCCUCCGUGCACUCCGGCAAAGGCAACGAUGAGAAACAAAUUGAGACAAUUACCGAGCGUGCGGUUCUCCCCGAUCAACUCGGAUCCGAGUUGAGUCAACAAGUCCGCUACAAAUAUGCCUCCUCAUAUAGAAAAAUAUUUGGGACAAUCUUUACGAUCAACUUGUCUGUCUUCGUCGCCCUGCUAGCAGUAGCAAAAGGCAAACCCAGUUCUCGAGAUGUAGGUAGUGCCGCAUCAGCCAAUCUCAUGGUCAGCAUUCUCUUCCGCCAAGAGGAAUUUGUCAACUUUUGGUAUGAGGUCUUCACAUGUGUCCCUCACUCGUGGCCCCUUUACAUCCGAAAGCGCCUUGCGAAGGUCUUCCACUACGGUGGUGGUCACAGUGGCGCGGGUACUGCUGCGGUCGUAUGGUAUAUUCUCUAUACGAUAUUAGCUACCAAGGAGUGGAUCGAUGAGCCAGUGACUGAUGAGCUAGUCAACAUGAUUACUAGCUGGAUUUUGGUUUCGAUGUUCGUCGUUAUCUUAACGUCAGCCCACCCCGAUCUACGACGAAAGUUCCACGACUACUUUGAGGCUUUCCAUCGGUUUGCUGGUUGGACAGCCUUGACGACUUUCUGGAUCCACAACAUCUUCUCAGCCAGAGUCACUGCCAGGCAAUGGGAUGCCUCUCUUGGUUAUGUCCUUAUCCGCUCGCCUAACUUCUGGUUCAUUUGCAUCUCGACUUCUUGCACCCUUGCUUCAUGGCUUCGUCUACGUCACCCAACAGUCUACCCGGAGAAGCUGAGCAACCACGCUACGCGUUUACACUUCAAGUACAGGGGUAUGGCACCAUUCUACGGUUUAAAGAUUAGCGACAAGCCCUUAACUGAGUGGCACGCCUUUGCUACUAUUCCCGAUGUUGACCCCGAGUCUGGCAAGAUUAAUGGCUUCAGCGUCGUUGUCAGCAACGCAGGCGACUGGACCAAGAAGCAGAUCAACAAGCCUAACGAGCGAAAACUCUGGGUUCGUGGCGCGCCUCUUCACGGUCUUCUUUACACAUCGAAGCUGUUCAGACGAAUUGUUGUGGUUGCUACUGGAUCUGGAAUCGGCCCUUGCUUGUCACUUCUCUUUGCUGAUAUCACACCUCGCCGUGUAUUCUGGAGUACCCGAGAACCUCAUGAGACAUACGGCCCUCAAGUUGUGGCAGAGGUCAAACGAGCCGACCCCAACGCAGUUAUCUGGAACACCCACGAGAGGGGAUACCCAGACAUUGUUCGAGAAGUAUAUCAGCUUGUCCAUGAGUCGGAUGCGGAAGCCGUUUUCAUCAUUUCUAACCCCAAGGUAACGGAGAAGGUUGUAUAUGGUAUGACUACGCGUGGAAUCCCCGCGUAUGGUGCCAUUUUCGACUCGUAA